AUGAAUGACCUAGCCAGUAGCGCUUUGAAGCGAGAAGCCGGAAAGACUUACAGCCUGGAAGUCUAUGGGGAUAUAGAAGACGACACUCUUCAGGAAGAUGUCCUCGGAAAAGAAAUGCGGCGCCAGCGCUUCAGGCAGUUCCAGUACCAGGAGGCUGAGGGACCCCGCAGAGUUUGCCGCCAUCUCUGGGAUCUCUGCCGCCAGUGGCUGGAGCCAGAGAGCUGCAACAAGGCCCAGAUCCUGGAGCUGGUCACCCUGGAACAGUUCCUGACUGUCCUUCCGGCAGAAGUCCAGGGCUGGGUGAGGGAACAGGACCCAGAGAGCUGUAUCCAAGCCGUGACCCUGGCUGAGGAGUUCCUGCAAAUGCAGCUAGAGUCCGAGAAAGAGGAGAAACAGGGCCAUUCCAAAGAGAUUAUGGAUCUUCACAAGGAAGAGAAAGUUCCGCUGGAUGCUGGGCUGCUGGCCUCUUUGGUCAAACAGGAAACUGACAGGAAUGAGAACGUACAAGCAGAUGACAGGAAACUGGAGGAAAUUAUUGAUCUGAAAAGUUCUGAUCAAGCAGAAACCCCUUUGGAAAUCAUUGUGGGAAAAGCUGUCGGGUGUUUCAAGCCGGGAACAGCCCCUGAGAGUCAACAGGACCUUCCAUGUGAGGAAGAAAGCUGUUCAGAGGUGAACUUUCGUGAGCUCCUCCAAAACACAGGCAAACAGGUACUCCAGAAGGGUGAGAACCAGAAAAGAAGUCCUGUGGUUGGGCACAUAUUUGCCCUGAACCCAGCUCUCAGGAGGCCUCCGAGAGUGGACGCAGGAGAGAAACGGUAUAAAUGUUUGGACUGUGGGAAAAGCUUCAACGUGAGAUCAGGCCUGAAAGCCCAUGAGAGGACUCACACUGGCGAGAAGCCGUACCAGUGCUCAGACUGUGGGAAGAGCUUCAGCGUGAGCUCCAGUCUGAGUGCCCACAAGAGGACACACACAGGAGAGAAACCACACCAGUGUACUCACUGCGGAAAGUGCUUCACCGUCAGCUCAGCCCUGAAGCGGCACUACCGAACACACACAGGGGAGAAACCGUACCAGUGCUCUGAAUGCAGCAAAGGCUUCUACCAAAAACGAGACCUCCUUAACCAUCAGAGAAGCCACCUGGGGGACAGACCGUACAAAUGCACUGAGUGCGAGAAGAGCUUCAGCAUGAAGUCUCAUCUGAAGAAACACCAGAGGAUCCACACGGGGGAGAGGCCCUUCCAGUGCCUGCAGUGUGGGAAACGCUUUUGUGUGAGCACAGACCUCAUUAUCCACGAGAGGGCCCACGCCGGAGACAAGCCGUACCAGUGCUCCUUCUGUGGGAAAAGGUUCUGCCGCAGUUCGGAGGUGGUGAGCCAUGAGAGAAUCCACACAGGUGAGAAGCCAUACAAGUGUCUGGAGUGUGGGAAAAGCUUCAGUGUGAGUUCACGCCUUAGCACACACAAGAGAGUCCACACAGGGGAGAGGCCCUUUAAGUGUGUGGUCUGCGAGAAAGCAUUCAGUUAUAAAGCACACCUGAUCACCCACCAGAGAAUCCACACAGGAGAAAGGCCGUACGAAUGCUCGGUGUGCGGGAAAGCAUUCCGGGCGAGGACCUCCCUCAUGACCCAUGAGAGAAUCCACACGGGGGAGAGGCCAUUCAAAUGCCUGGACUGCGGGAAAAGUUUCCUGAACAGCUCAAACCUCAUCAAUCACCAAAAAAUCCACACAGGGGAGAAGCCAUAUAAAUGCUUGGACUGUGGAAAGUGCUUCUCUCAGAAUAAAUACCUAACCGUACAUCAAAAGAUUCACACAGGGGAGAAGCCAUAUAAAUGCUGGGAGUGUGGGAAAUGCUUCUAUCAGAAUGGCGACCUAACUAAACAUCGUAAGGUUCACACAAGGGAGAAGCCAUAUAAAUGCUUGGAGUGUGGAAAGUGCUUCUCUCUAAGUGGUGGCCUAAAUAAUCAUAGAAAAAUUCAUACAGGGGAGAAACCAUAUAGAUGCUUGGAGUGUGGAAAGUGCUUCUCUCAGAAUGGUAACCUAACUAAGCAUCAAAAGAUUCAUACAGUGGGGAAGCCGUAUAACUGCUUGGAGUGUGGAAAGAGCUUCUCUGAGAAUAAAACCCUAACAGUACAUCAAAGGGUUCACACAAGGGAGAAGCCAUAUAAAUGCUUGGAGUGUGGAAAGACAUUCUCUCACAAUGAAAACCUAACUGCACAUCAAAAGAUUCAUUCAGGGGAGAAAUCAUAUAAAUGCUUGGUAUGCGGAAAGUGCUUUGCUUGGAAAUGCAGUCUACCUGCACAUCAAAGGAUUCAUACAGGGGAGAAGCCAUAUAAAUGCUUGGAGUGUGGAAAGUCCUUUUUUCGGAGUGACUGCUUAAUUGUGCAUCAAAAGUUUCACACAGGGGAAAAACCAUAUAAAUGCUUGGAGUGUGGAAAGUGCUUCUCUCUGAACGGCAGUCUAACUGUACAUCAAAGGAUUCAUACAGGGGAGAAGCCAUAUAAGUGCUUGGAGUGUGGAAAGUGCUUUCUUCAGAAUGGCCACUUAAUUGUACAUCAAAAGUUUCACGCAGGGGGAAAACCAUACAAAUGCUUGGAGUGUGGAAAGUGCUUCACUCUGAACAGCAGCCUAACUGCACAUCAAAAGAUUCACACAGGGGAGAAGCCGUAUAAAUGCUCGGAGUGUGGGAAGUGCUUCUAUCAGAAUGGUGACCUAACUAAACAUCGUAAGGUUCACACAAGGGAGAAGCCAUAUAAAUGCUUGGAGUGUGGAAAGUGCUUCUCUCUAAGUGGUGGCCUAAAUAAUCAUAAAAAAGUUCAUACAGGGGAGAAGCCAUAUAAAUGCUUGGAGUGUGGAAAGUGCUUCUCUCAAAAAGGUGGCUUAACUGUACAUCAGACGGUUCACUCGGGAGAGAAGCCAUAUAAAUGCUUGGAGUGUGGGAAGUGUUUUUCUCGAAAUGACCGCUUAACUGCACAUCAAAAGAUUCAUUCAGGGGAAAAACCAUAUAAAUGCUUGGAGUGUGGAAAGUGCUUCUGUUUGAACAGCAGCCUAACUACACAUCAAAGGAUUCAUACAGGGAAGAAACAAUAUAAAUGCUUGGAAUGUGGAAAGAGUUUCUAUUGGAGUAGUGUGCUAACUAGCCAUCAAAGGAUUCACACAGGGGAAAAGCCGUAUAAAUGCUUGGAGUGUGGAAAGAGCUUCUCUCAGAAUGGUGACCUGACUAAACAUCACAAGGUUCACACAGGGGAGAAGCCAUAUAAAUGCUUGCAGUGUGGAAAGUGCUUUUCUCAGAAUGUUAACCUAACUGCACAUCAAAAGAUUCAUACAGGGGAGAAGCCAUAUAAGUGCAUGGAGUGUGGAAAGUCCUUUUCUCGGAAUGGCCACCUAACUGCUCAUCAAAAGAUUCAUAUAGUGGAGAAACCAUAUAAAUGCCUGGAGUGUGGAAAGUGCUUCUUUCUGUAUGACACACUAACAACACAUCAAAAGGUUCACACAGGGAAGAAGCCAUAUAAAUGCUUAGAGUGUGGAAAGUGCUUCUCUUGGAAUGGUGACCUAACUAAACAUCAGAAGGUUCACACGGGGGAGAAGCCAUAUAAAUGCUUGGAAUGUGGAAAGAGUUUCUAUUGGAGUAGUGUGCUAACUAGCCAUCAAAGGAUUCACACAGGGGAAAAGCCGUAUAAAUGCUUGGAGUGUGGAAAGAGCUUCUCUCAGAAUGGUGACCUGACUAAACAUCACAAGGUUCACACAGGGGAGAAGCCAUAUAAAUGCUUGCAGUGUGGAAAGUGCUUUUCUCAGAAUGUUAACCUAACUGCACAUCAAAAGAUUCAUACAGGGGAGAAGCCAUAUAAGUGCAUGGAGUGUGGAAAGUCCUUUUCUCAGAAUGGCCACCUAACUGCUCAUCAAAAGAUUCAUAUAGUGGAGAAACCAUAUAAAUGCCUGGAGUGUGGAAAGUGCUUCUUUCUGUAUGACACACUAACAACACAUCAAAAGGUUCACACAGGGAAGAAGCCAUAUAAAUGCUUAGAGUGUGGAAAGUGCUUCUCUCAGAAUGGCGACCUAACUAAACAUCACAAGGUUCACACAGGGGAGAAGCCAUAUAAAUGCUUAGAGUGUGGAAAGUGCUUCUCUCAGAAUGGCGACCUAACUAAACAUCACAAGGUUCACACAGGGGAGAAGCCAUAUAAAUGCUUAGAGUGUGGAAAGUGCUUCUCUCAGAAUGGCGACCUAACUAAACAUCACAAGGUUCACACAGGGGAGAAGCCAUAUAAAUGCUUAGAGUGUGGAAAGUGCUUCUCUCAGAAUGGCGACCUAACUAAACAUCACAAGGUUCACACAGGGGAGAAGCCAUAUAAAUGCUUAGAGUGUGGAAAGUGCUUCUCUCAGAAUGGCGACCUAACUAAACAUCACAAGGUUCACACAGGGGAGAAGCCAUAUAAAUGCUUAGAGUGUGGAAAGUGCUUCUCUCAGAAUGGCGACCUAACUAAACAUCACAAGGUUCACACAGGGGAGAAGCCAUAUAAAUGCUUAGAGUGUGGAAAGUGCUUCUCUCAGAAUGGCGACCUAACUAAACAUCACAAGGUUCACACAGGGGAGAAGCCAUAUAAAUGCUUAGAGUGUGGAAAGUGCUUCUCUCAGAAUGGCGACCUAACUAAACAUCACAAGGUUCACACAGGGGAGAAGCCAUAUAAAUGCUUAGAGUGUGGAAAGUGCUUCUCUCAGAAUGGCGACCUAACUAAACAUCACAAGGUUCACACAGGGGAGAAGCCAUAUAAAUGCUUGGAGUGUGGAAAAUGCUUCGCUUGGAAUGGUGCCCUAACUAGACAUCAAGAGGUUCAUGUAGGGGAAAAGCCAUAUAAAUGCUUGAAGUGUGGAAAGUCUUUUUCUCGGAAUGGCUAUCUGACUGUGCAUCAAAAGAUUCAUAUGGUCGAGAAGCCAUAUAAAUGCUUGGAGUGUGGAAAAUGCUUCGCUUGGAAUGGUGCCCUAACUAGACAUCAAGAGGUUCAUGUAGGGGAAAAGCCAUAUAAAUGCUUGGAGUGUGGAAAGUGCUUCUCUCAGAAUGGCGACCUAACUAAACAUCACAAGGUUCACACAGGGGAGAAGCCAUAUCAGUGCUUGGAGUGUGGAAAGUGCUUCUCUCAGAAUGGCGACCUAACUAAACAUCACAAGGUUCACACAGGGGAGAAGCCAUAUCAGUGCUUGGAGUGUGGAAAGUGCUUCUCUCAGAAUGGCGACCUAACUAAACAUCACAAGGUUCACACAGGGGAGAAGCCAUAUCAGUGCUUGGAGUGUGGAAAGUGCUUCUCUCAGAAUGGCGACCUAACUAAACAUCACAAGGUUCACACAGGGGAGAAGCCAUAUCAGUGCUUGGAGUGUGGAAAGUGCUUCUCUCAGAAUGGCGACCUAACUAAACAUCACAAGGUUCACACAGGGGAGAAGCCAUAUCAGUGCUUGGAGUGUGGAAAGUGCUUCUCUCAGAAUGGCGACCUAACUAAACAUCACAAGGUUCACACAGGGGAGAAGCCAUAUCAGUGCUUGGAGUGUGGAAAGUGCUUCUCUCAGAAUGGCGACCUAACUAAACAUCACAAGGUUCACACAGGGGAGAAGCCAUAUCAGUGCUUGGAGUGUGGAAAGUGCUUCUCUCAGAAUGGCGACCUAACUAAACAUCACAAGGUUCACACAGGGGAGAAGCCAUAUCAGUGCUUGGAGUGUGGAAAGUGCUUCUCUCAGAAUGGCGACCUAACUAAACAUCACAAGGUUCACACAGGGGAGAAGCCAUAUCAGUGCUUGGAGUGUGGAAAGUGCUUCUCUCAGAAUGGCGACCUAACUAAACAUCACAAGGUUCACACAGGGGAGAAGCCAUUUAAAUGCUUGGAGUGUGGAAAGUGCUUCUCGAAUGGCGACCUAGCUAAACAGCGGAAGGUUCACACAGGGGAGGGGCUCUCAGGGACAGAAACAGAUGCUCAAGUGGGCCGUAUUUUCCUCUUUCAGAGAUCCCCAGUGUCCUUUGAGGAGGUAGCCGUGUUCUUCACAGAGGAGGAGUGGGCUGUGCUUGAUCCAGGCCAACGAAAACUCUUCUGGGAAGUGAUGGAGGAAAAUUGUGAGACUGUGGCCUCUCUGGGAAAGAGACCCCCAGUGUCCUUUGAGGAGGUGGCCGUAACCUUCACGGAGGAGGAGUGGGCUCUGCUGGAUCCGGACCAAAGAAAACUCUACUGGGAUGUUAUGGAGGAAAAUUAUGAGACCGUGACCUCUCUGGUUGGAGACGUAAGGGAUAUGGUGAGCGAGAAGAAGUUGGGAAGGAGACUUGUGGAAAAAGAUAACAGUCUGCAAACGGACACAAAAUCUGAGGAUCAAGUAAUACCAAAUAGACAUCAAAAGCUUUACACAAGGGAGAAGCCAUAUAAAUACUUGGAUUGUGGAAAGUGCUUUUCUCAGAAUGGGAACAUAACUACAGAUCAAAAUAUUCAUAUAGGGAAGAAGCCAUGCAAAUGUUUGGCACAUGGAAAGUGCUGCUUUCUGAAUGGUGACCCAACUGCACAGGAAAAGUAUCACACAGUGGAGACUCCAUAUAAAUGCUUCAAGUAUGGAAAGUGCUUUUCUCAGAAUGGCAGCCUAACUAAACAUCAACCAAUUCAUACAGGGGGAAAACCAUACAAAUGCUCUGAGUGUGCAAAGUCCUUCUCUCAGUACAGCUACCUAACCGCACAUCAAAAGAUUCACACAGGAGAGAAGCCAUAUCAAUGCAUGGAGUGUGGAAAGCGCUUCACUUUUAAUAGCAGCCUAAAAGCACAUCAAAAGAUACAUACGGGGGAGAAGCCUUAUAAAUGCUGGGAGUGCGGGAAGUGCUUCUCUCGGAAUGACACUCGAAUAUCACAUCAAAAGAUUCAUACUGGGGAGAAGCCAUAUACAUGUUUGGAGUGUGGAAGGUGCUUUUCUCAGAAUGCUCACCUAAUUGGACAUCAAAAGAUUCAUAUAGGGGAGAAGUCAUUUAAAUGCUUGGAGUGUGGGAAAUGCUUCUAUCGGAAUGGUGACCUAACUAGACAUCAAAAGAUUCAUACAAGGGAGAAACCAUGUAAAUGUUUGGAAUGUGGAAAGUGCUUUUCUCAGAAUGGUGAUCUACUUAGACAUCAAAAGAUUCAUACAGAGGAGAAACCAUAUAAAUGCUUGGCGUGUGGAAAGUGCUUCUCUUGCAAUGUCCACCUAAGGAGACAUCAAAAGGUGCACACAGGGGAGAAGCCAUAUGCUUGCUUGGAGUGUGGAAAGUGCUUCUCUCAGAAUGUCCACCUAAGGAGACAUCAAAGGGUUCACACAGGGGAAAAGCCAUAUAAGUGCUUGCAGUGUGGAAAGUGCUUUUCUUAUAACGGCAGCCUAACUGUUCAUCAAAAGGUUCACACCGGUGAGAAGCCAUAUCAGUGCUCAGAAUGUGGAAAGUGCUUUUCUCACAAUGGAACUCUAAAUAUACAUAAGAAGGUUCACACAGCAGAAAAGCCAUAUAAUUGCUUGGAGUGUGGAAAGUGCUUCUCUCUGAACAGCAGCCUAACCAGGCAUCAAAAAAUUCAUACAGGUGAGAAGCUGUAUAAUUGCUUGGAGUGUGGAAAGUGCUUUUUUCAGAAGGGCAACCUAAUUGCACAUCAAAAGAUUCAUACAGGGGAGAAACCAUAUGAAUGCUUAACAUGUGGAAAAUGCUUCUUUCGGAAUGGUGACCUAAAUGCACAUCAAAAGUUUCACACAGGGAAGAAACCAUAUAAAUGUUUGGAAUGUGGAAAGUGCUUUUUUCAGAAUGGUGACCUCACUGUACAUCAAAAGAUUCAUACAGGGGAGAAACCAUACAAAUGCUUGAUAUGUGGCAGGUGCUUUUCUCAGAAAGGCCACCUAACUGCACAUCUAAUGGUUCACACAGGGGAGAAGCCAUAUAAAUGCUUGGAGUGUGGAAAGUGCUUUUCUCAAAAUAGCACCCUAACUGUACAUCGUAAGGUUCACACAGGGGAGAAACCAUAUAAAUGCUUAGAAUGCGGAAAGUGCUUUUCACAGAAUUGCCGCCUAACUUCACAUCAAAAGAUCCAUACAGGUGAGAAGCCAUAUAAAUGCUUGGAGUGUGGAAAGGGCUUCUAUCAGAAUGGUGCCCUGAUUAGACAUCAAAAGGUUCACACAGGGAAACCAUAUAAAUGCUUGGAGUGUGGAAAGUGCUUCUCUUGGAAUGGUGAUCUAACUUCACAUAGAAAUGUUCACACAUAAGAGAAGCCAUAUGAGUACUUGUAA